CAAUUAAACACAAAAGAAGAAGAAGAAGAAGCUCACGCAGCACAUAACAAGUCGACCACGAGCACCACCAGGCAAGAACUUCACUUCAGCCAAAACAGAUUCUCAGGCAGUGUGUGUUGAGGUGUUGAUGAUGGCAGUGGACUGGGCUGGAUAUGGAUAUGCAGCACUAGUAGCAUCUGGAGGAGUCAUAGGAUAUGUCAAAGCAGGCAGUGUCCCGUCCCUGGCAGCAGGGCUGCUCUUUGGUGGUUUGGCUGGUUUUGGUGCUUACCAGACAUCACAAGAUCCCAAAAAUAUUUGGGUGUCUUUAGCUGCAUCUGGGACACUUGCUGCUAUCAUGGGAAAGAGAUUCUACAACUCACGCAAAAUCAUUCCAGCUGGUCUCAUCGCUGGAGCGAGUGUCCUGAUGCUGGCAAAACUUGGAGCCAGAAUGCUACAGAAACCUCAGCAAUCAUAAUACCCAAACAGAAAUCACUGUCUGCUUUCAUUCAAAUAUAAUUUUCUUUGAACAACAUGUCAUUAUAGCUCAUUUUGUAUAAAAUGUAAAAUAAAAAUGUAGUUGUCAGGUGAAUAUCUGAAUUAAAGACUUCUGUUAAAAA